UUCCCUUCAGUUAUGUCCUGGGUGCAGCUGCAAAUUGUUGGCUGGCAUAUAUGGAUCGGCUUUUGACAGGCGGCAUUCCUAAGAGCGAGCGGAAAGAAAUAAAGAAGAAGAUGCUUGACUUGGUUGACAUUUACUAUUUGGCUUUGGAUGCAGCGAAGUCAGGGAACAAGAUCACUGUUCCUGAAGAGCUGAUGGUCAAGCAGUACCCACACUUCAUGGAACGAUAUCCUGACUACCAUUCGGCAUCCGUGCUGGGCAAAAUCUAUCAUGAAGUAAAAUCACAAGAGUCUGAAGCUGAUCCUUCAAUCAAGAUAGUGCCCCUGCAAUGCUUCACCGAGGUAGCAGUAUCUGAAGAUUACAAGCGCCGUUGGACAUCUCUUUAUCAGGAGUACUUGAGGGAGAGCUCUAAACUUUGUAAGCUGGAGGACAAAGCGGAGAGGAACAUCAAUUUCCACGAACUCUACCAAGAGUACAAGUGGAUGCUGUACAAGGCCGAGGAGUUUGAGUACAGCCCGAGGGAGCGCUUCGAUCUCUUCAACGAGGCCUGCGCGGUGUACCAGGUGGUGUACGAGCACGCGACGUCCUGCAACCAGGUCAGCAAGUGCGGCUUCGCUUGGAAGGUGGCUGGUCGCGCGCUGUGCCAGCUGUACAUGCUGAAGCACAGCGGAGACACCAUGCUCUGCUCCUUCUCCGUUCUUGAGGGCGCUUUCAAGAAGAACCACCGCACGUAG